ACCUCCUAUCUGAGUUUUCAUUGCUGUUGCAAUGUAUCAGUGAUAUGUAAAUUAUCUUUGUGUUUUCUCUGUAAAUAGGUUUUUUUAUAACCGGAUUGCUUCUUAUAUGUAAUUUUGCUGUAUUGCUAGUUCGCUAUUUUGUGCCCGAAGCAGGUAAAAUGUCCAUUGCUUGUUGAGCAUUCGUCAAAUUCAUCCAACACAAAUGAGAUCUGCUGUGAGUGUAAUUCUUUCAAGUCCCACUCAUGACCCAAACAUGUCAUAUCCAGACUUCGAGCAGACAUUUCACGACCAUGCAACCCUUUUGGUCCUUGUAAAACACUUGGGUGAAGAACUUGAACCGCAUCGAUUUUCAAAGGUGUACGAUAGAAUCAAAAAGAUCAACAAUGUAAAGAUCGUGGACAAGCUUGGCGUACAGAGGACCAUUUGGGCAAAGUACAUCAGGGAUUAUCCAGUUGGAAACAACCUAUGGGGUGAUUUUCAGACCCACCGGAGGCUUCUUGGCCUUAUCACCGUUGGCAAGUGCCACACUGAAGCCGAGCUCAAUGAGAUCUGCCGUCAUCACGAGGUUUUGAAAGUCAGGUAUACUGGUACGCUCUAUGACUCCCGCUGCAUAGUCUUUGGUGUCAAUCAUGGACCUAACACCCCUACUUUUACUCCGGCUUCCAACUUUAACGUUACCGCGCUUUAUUAUGCGAACGACGGGGAAGAUAGUGCGGCACUGGAAUCUCAAAUCACUGAUUUUCUCACGUCAAUGUUUUGGGUUCUUGAAUGCAAACGCCACGAACGAAUCCGGGAAAAAAUAGAUAAAGUAUCACUGUUGCUAGCACCGUUUGAAAAGAAAGAAUUUGUAGGACAAGAUAUGGAUUCCAAUUUGAAUCGCAAAAGAUCUUUAGGCAGGAUUACCAAGCAUUUGGGUGAUCUCUGUUUACAAGCAGGACUCCCUGCUGAUUCCCUUUCUCAUUAUCAACAGGCGUCAAAUAUUCUAAGAUCCAUCAAUGAUCUACUCUGGCUUGGAAGCGCUUGUGAAGGUUUAACAGCUGCAUCAAUGUGUAUCCGGUACCCCGUCCCGUUCAAAACCCAGACAGUGCAGAGAAAUUCAUCACUGCAAGAAACAAACAAGAACAAGUAUAAACAGAACAAAGUUACUAGUGGAUUAGAAAUAUUAGAACCUUCUUCACUCCCGAUCAUUCCUCCUCCCAAUAACAUUUUGUCUAAUGAAGAUAUAUGUAAAUGUUGUAGACAAUCGAUAUUAUAUUACAGCCAGUGUUCUCAUGCCAGCGUUAUUGAAACAGAAGUACGUUUCAAAGCCGCGAGAGUAGCAGCAGAAUUCAAUAUGCCUUUGCAAGUAGCUUAUUUCUUGCAGAAUGUAAUUUUUAUAAAGCUUUCCCUACCAGAGGAUGAAAAAAUUAAGCAGUUUAACACACUUUCUGAGCUAUAUACUAAAAUAGGUUUUCAUAGAAAAGCUUCUUACUAUCAAAGGACAGCAGCUGCAAAAUACGUGUCUGCAAAGAAUCCGCAGACUAAUUGGGACGAGUGUUAUAACCUUAUGCUCAAAGCGCUUUCGGGCCAUAGGCUCUCUUUAGAUCCUUCAGAUUAUCCAGAAUCUGGUGAAAAUGGUUGGGGAAGUUUACAAAAGCAAGUUCUUCAGGAUGUUGUGACUGCUGCAAAUAGGGUCGGUCAUAGUUCUUUGGCGACUAGACAUAUGACACUCCUGUUGCAAGUCAUGUGGUCCCAGCUCUCACCCAAUGAGAGAGUAGAGGCUUCAUUACAACUUCAAAGCAUAGCUGCGCAGUGUGAAGGCUCACCGAUUCCACUAAUACUCGACUCAGGGCUGAUUAUACCACCUGCUAAUUUAAUUCACAUUCCUACUGUGGAGAGCUUUGUUGUCCACAAAUUACCACCUCCUUUUCAGCCUAUAAAGUUAGAAAAGAUCAAAGAAGACUACGGGCCAUUUUUAUUCACACCUUUAAAUUUUGGAUCUCUCGAAAGAAAAACAUCAUCGACAAAAGAGAAAAUUGCAAAAUUAAAUUACCUUUGGGUAGCAGAAGAAGAAUGCGAGGUUAAAUUAGAGUUGACAAACCCUCUUAAUUUUGAACUGGAAGUUUCAAACAUGAGGUUGUUGACUACAGGAGUCGUGUUUGAAACACUUCCGUACACGGUGACACUCCCUCCGGAAGUCGUCAGAUACCCUGUAGUAUUGGCAGGGACCCCUAAAGAAACAGGAGAACUGGAAAUUACAGGAUAUUCAACUCAUACUCUUGGAGUUAAAAGUAAUUGUAGGUUGAAAGCCUUAUCAAAAAUUCCACAAUCAAAAUUUGUGAUAGAAGUUGUCCCAGCUCUACCUUUGAUAGAGACUCAUGUAAAAUUAGGGAAUGAAGUUAUUCAAGACCAGUCAGGAUCUUGUAUUUCACUAUUAGCUGGUGAAAGCACUGAAUGUGAACUUGUGAUUCACAAUUUAGGUAAAGGUGAUAUUGACAUAAUCGAGAUCAGUAUUGAUUCGACUGCAGAGCAAAAUAUUCUUACAUACGAUGCAUCAAACCUGCAAAGCAUGCUACCUUUAGCAGAAGGUAGCACUAUGGUGCUACCGCUUAGAGUUUUUGCAGCAGCAAAUUUUGUAAACACCUUUCCACCAGAUGGUACGAGCAUGAGAAGCAGCCUGUUCUCUGGAAAUAGUUCUUUUCCAUCAUUACAGAGCUAUAAGCCAGGUGGCGAUAGGUUGACAACUCCCACACCGUCUUUCAGAUCUGGUCCUAGCAGUCUCAACUCUCUUAGCUCACAAUUUACUAGACCAGUAAUAGCAAAUAUGAUCAAGAAUGUUAACUGUCGAAUCAAAAUAAGAUACUCAGGAAAACCUGGUUUGGAUUCUGGGUACUGUAGAGUUGCGUUGCUUUCUUUGGUUGUUGAUAUUUCCCUUUCAAUUGUUAUUUCUAACUGGGAUGUUCUACCCGCAGAUACGAGCUCCCAGUUCUAUAUGGUCCUGGAUAUGGUGAAUAUGACUGAUCAGGAGAUUGAAAUUAAAUACGCGGAAAAUAAACGGAUGAUAAUAGAAGUUUCUGAGUCUUGUAGGGUCCCAAUUCCUGUUGACCGUUGCCCUUUAUCAAAAAUUGGUCAAUUUUUCCAUAGUGAAGGGUCUAUAAAAGAGAUAGUUGACUUAAAUACAAUAUGUAGUGAACAUAUAGCCUCACUCGUUGAAAUUGAGUGGUUCAUGGGUGAGCGUUCGGGCAAAGCUUCUCUUAAUGGUAUUACCCUAUCAUCACACAUGCUAGAUAUUGUCCGGACAUCACCAAUCAAUUGGGUAGUCCUCGUGAACGGCGAGGAAGUAAGCGGCUCAGUGCCGUUUACAGCCGAUGUUGGAGAGUGUGUCCAGUUGUGCAUUGUAGCGUAUAAUUCGUUGACAAGGCCUCUAACGGAUUUAUCGCUUUCCGUCCACUUUUUCCAAGAUUAUCAAAAUGGGACUUGCAAUUUUAAACUCGAUACGAGGCUUGCGAUUGCCGGCCCUUCGCACCUUUAUUUUGAGAAGGUUGAAGAACAAGGGAGCAUCAAAAUGGAAAGCAGCGUCGUAUUUUUUAAUCCCGGUCAGUACAAAAUGAACGUACAGUGCACAUCACAGACACGCCACUCUUGGAAACUUUUACCACCACUUGAAUUCCUUAUUCAAGAGACUUAAAAGGCCCUAUUGAACAAACCCCAUUACUGGACAAUAAUAUAUGCUAAUGAGACUGAUUAUCAACAAGCAAUAUUACAGUAAGGCGGGCGAGUAAUUCAAACAACAGUGCCAUUUUUGCACUUUAAAUUUACCCCUCAUAUAUUUAUAUACAAUUAUUAUAUAUUUUAUUUAUCUCAAUAACAAAAGGCUGUAUAUUU